AUGGACGACCAGCCUUUGGAGCAGAGGAAGAGAAGGAGGACGGGCCCAGCUGUUAUGGGUCCGGGAGACUUCACGCUGAGGCUGAUGCCUGGCGUUGUAAUAAGGGAACCUGCUGCUGGCCGAGGCAAGGUUCCAAGAGGUACAGGGGGUCCUCCGCCCCCGACUCAGCCACCACCGCCGAUCCAAUCACCGCCGAGGACCCCUCCACCACCUCCUCCUGCUGAUGAUAUGGAGGUGGACCAGCAAACUCCUGAUCCAAAGGAGGGGGUCCCCGAAGCGGUUUCCAACAAGGGGAGUGCUAUUGAGCUCCCCGAGGAUGAAUUUAUUACAGUGGCCGAAGAGGCGGUCACUGCUGAAGACGAGGCCCCUAGGGGCUUCACUGCUGAGAUCCAUUGA